AUGAAGGCUUCCCUCUCUACCCUCACUUUGGCUCUUGCCUUCACCCUCGGCUCUGCCCAAGACUCUUCCGAGAAGCCUUCCAACGAACUUUGGGAGAUGAGCACGCAGCAAGCUUGGGCCAACUUCAAAGAUAGUUCUGGCAGAAAUGAAUACAAGUUUUGCAAGAAGUCUGAGGCAACAAGUCACGCCGAGGGCCUCUUGGUGUGCAACGCUCAGGAUGUUGACGUCGCCCCUGAUAAAACAACCACCCCAUUGGGAGACGGAUGGGUUCGUCUCGAAGAGGCUUGUAAGGGCCGCGCGGAUGGUUGCCACCUUUGCUACAAGACUAGCGUUAAGAAGCAGUGGGAGUCAUUGCCGACGCGGUUCUUCUGCUACGAGAAGGCGGAGAGCACCCGCAACGCCACACUUCAGCUGCUCGAGUUUCUCAAAGAAAGUGGUCUUUCUAAAGACGAAACUAGGGAACUCGUCCAUUCCUGCGAUGCUAAAGCUUCAUGCGGCGAUGAACCAAAGCCGAAGGCGAAGGAUCAAGAAGUUGACAUGAAGCAUUUCGAAACUAUGAGGGACUGCGCGGUGAAGUAUCGGGUCAACUUUCCGACCCAAAAUUGA